UAAUUAAGAUCCUUAUUAUUUCUAUUUUAUAGAUUAUGGGGUUUCGUAGUAGUACUGCACAGUAAGGUAUGUCACGUUUUUUCAAUAAUUUGUGGAAGAAAGGUGCACAUUCAUCUGAUCAUAGAGGAAAACCUAAGGACAGAGAUCGAGAUGAAGCUAAAUGGGCGUUUCCAGAAGAAUUGUGUCGUCGGUUUUCACUCGCGGAGAUCAUAGCAGCAACUCAAAACUUCAACGCUAGAUUACGGAUUGGCAGUACCAGAAAUCUGUCAUUUAAAAUUAAUGGCCUCAUAGAUAAGUUUGUGGUGUUUGAUCGCCUUGAGGGUCCGGAAACAAGAAAAGACGGUAUUAAUGUUGGUGCUGCAGUUGCCUACAAAGGAUACAUCAACCUUGACGGGGUAACUUCCACGGUUGCUAUCAAGCGUAUUACCGGUGCACAUUCUGAUAUUCAGCGGGGACGCGAGUUCAAGGCGGAGGUGCAGCUACUCUGUCAGCUGCGCCACCCAAAUUUAAACUCUCUAAUCGGAUUCUGCCAAGAAAAGGGAGAAUACAUCAUUGUUUACAGCUACAUGUCUAAUGGUUUCCUCUCUGACUUCCUUUUCAAUCCUUAUAACAAUAAUAGGUACCCGUUGUCUUGGAAGCAAAGGCUGAAUAUCUGCAUCGGGGUAGCGCGCGCAAUACACUACCUUCACGCGGGGGUUAAGCAUGCGGUCAUCCACCACAACGUGAAAUGUGACAACAUUCUAUUGGACCAAAGCUUGGAGGCCAAGCUUUCUAACUUCCGGCUGUGCAAGAUGGGUCCUCCUACUUUGUCAAAUGCAUUAAUCAGAUUGAACUCCAAUUCCGGGGUGUCUGGUACAUGCGGGUAUCUUGAUCCAGAGUAUGCUUUGUCCGGCCAGCUUACGGAAAAAUCUGAUGUCUUCUCAUUCGGAGUGGUGUUAUUCGAAAUAUUGUCUGCCAAAUAUUCAAAAGAGAUACCGGGGAUACAUAUGACUCUCCCAGCUGAUAUUCUGGAUCCAUAUCUCUUGGGAACAAUAACUCCGGAUUGUUUGCUAAAAUAUUUGGACAUCAUCCAAAGAUGCGUCUGCCCUACGGGAGCCCAACGGCCAACGAUGGGUGAAGUGGAGGUGGAACUUGAGCGUGCGGUGGAGCUGCAGGAGAGAGCAGAUGCCGAAAAGGAGUUGAGGACAACUAGCACUCCUCUUGGUGGUCCUGCUGACCGUGCGUACGAUUAUCAAGGGAUAUCAGUUUCCGAAAUUACUGAUGCUUUCUCGUUUCUGAGAGUUAGCCCGACCGGGUCUGCUGAUCUUGGGUCAAAUAGUAUUAACGUUUCAGUACUUUCUGGUGACAGUGGCUCUGAAUUCGAAUAUUCCGGGCGGUAAGCAAAAUAUUACUUUAGAAAAAUUGAAUCAAAUUACAAGAUCACCCUUUUUCUUCACUAAUUGCUAUCAGUAAGCUAAACCAACUACCUAUAUAGACGGUGGCUGAAAAUAAUUCUGGCCCCCUUUUGAUCAUAUUUUUCUUUUC